UAAAUGACAUGCUGUUAUAUUAGCUGAGCGCGUAUCGCCUGACCUCAGCGGGCGUUUACCUUUUUAGAUAUUUUUGUUGACAAUGGGAGUGAUCUACUUCAGUUUUUCGUUAAUCUUGCCAGACUGACUGAACAGCUGUGCUCGGCUCGGCUCGGCUCAACCGGUUCAUCUGAUUCAGUGAAAAGAUUCUGCUAAUACGGCUGAUUCUAUCUGACUAGAGAUUUUGGAGUAAAAAUCUGGAGUUCGACAGCUUAUCGUCAUGGGGAUCAAAACGUUGUUGUUUUCAGUUGUAAUCGCACAUACAUGCAUUGACGCCUUUAAUGAAAGCUCUGUAAGUAGCUUUGAACAGACUGAUGAGCCAAUUGAUGACAGUGAGUCUUCAACGCAGAUGUUUGAUGAAUUUGGUUCAGGAGGAUCAGUGAUACGGAUAAGCAGUUUUGCUGUUAUAACAGACAUUGAUUCUACUCUGGACCAAGCAGAAAACAACUCCUCCUCACUGCCCAUCUCAAAUAAGGCUGUUGACUUCCUCAAAGGCCUGCUGGUCACACGUGUCAUGCCCUCAUUCUACAUCAUCAUCAUCCUCAUUAGUUUGCCCCUUAAUGCUUUGGCCUUGGUAACAUUCACCUGUAAGAUUCGAGAGAAGACACCAGCAGUGAUCUACAUGUCUCACCUGGCGUGUGUGGACCUGCUCUUCACCUUGCUGCUGCCUCUGAAGAUCCACUACCAGCUGAACGGUUCAGAUUGGGUGUUCGGUGAGGCGGCGUGUCGUGUGAUCAGUGCAGCUUACUACUGCUACAUGUACUGCUCCAUACUGCUGAUGAUGUGCAUGAGUGUGGACAGGCUGCUGGCUGUGGUGUUUCCCAUCGCCUCUCUGACCUGGAGGAGCACAUCGAAAGCCACAUGUGUAUGUGUGCUGGUCUGGCUGCUGGCGCUCGCUGGUACAGUGCCACUUCUCUCAAUGAGACAAACAUUCAAGAUUAAGGAUGUGGGCGUCACAUGCCAUGAUGUGCUGAUCCAUAACAACCAUGCAGAUCAGCUGUACAUGUACCUGUUCUUCAUCCUCUCCUGCCUCUACUACUUUGUGCCACUAAUCAUCACCUUAGUGAGCUACUCCACCAUCAUAUAUGCGCUCCGUGUAAAGUCUGAUCUCUUAGCUACAUCACCCUCAUCUUCAUACAGCCGAAGGAGAGCUGUGAUUAUGACUAUCGCCGUGCUGACUGAGUUUGGAUUGUGCUUUGCUCCAUCCAAUGGCAUCCUGUGGUACCACUGUUAUCUUUUAGCUAAUGGAUUCAACAGCAGGGAGGGAGAUUCGUCAUAUGUGGCUUACCUGGUGGCUGUGUGUUUGGGGAGCACAAGUGCUUUUCUGGACCCUCUGCUGUAUUACUACGGCUCGUCUCAGAGCAGACAGAAGAUCAGCUCUGUGUUUAGGAGGGAAAAAACAACCACACCAUGUAACACACAGACAAAAUCCACAGAUGUCACUAAAACCAGGCUUUUGGUAAAGUGUGAAAAAAACUGAUCAAAUAUGUGGUUUCCAUAAAUUGCAUUUUUGAUAUAUUAUAUUAUAAAUAUAUUAUUCUGAAUUUACAUCUUGCAUCAAUUGUUAAAAUGGUAAUACUUGUUGAGUUUGACUGAUCAAAAGCAGAAGGGACAUGUAACAGUUGCCUAAACAGAGAUGUCUUUUGCAAUACUUAGAUAAGGCUUUACUUCCCUAUUUUAAUGUCACAUGUAAUUUUUUUCACACUGUCUUUGACUCAUAAACUUCAGCAGGUUGUUUUUGCUAUAAUACUGUUAAGACUUCUAUAUGUAAAUGUCUGGACUCUGUGAUUGUAGUGUAAGGUUAUUGAUGCCGUUUUGACUGGAUCAGAUAAAAGAUCACAGCAAGGAACUUUUAUGAGAACCAACACCUAGAUCCUGUCUCGCAAGUCUAAAGCAACACACCCAACUGAGAGGGACAGACAAAUGGCCCACACCAUAUGCAUAAACGUUUCACUCCUUUUGCCCACUCCCUCCUAACA